GCGGCUGCCGCUGCGCGGGGUGCGGGCUCCCUUCUGGCCCACGCUGUAGGCCUCGAAGUCGAUGGUCUUGUUCUCGAAGGCGCCCUCCACGGCCGCGAACACAUCCCGCCGUACUUCUGCCGAGGCGUCUGAGCCGCAGUGCCCGGCCGAGCCAGAAAUCGCGAUGGAUGCCCCGAAUUUUGAAGAACUGUUGGCCAGAGCAAAAGCGGGAGAGCCGAAGUCGCAGACAGAGGUGGGGAAGCACUACCUGAAGCUGGCCGAAGAGCAGGAUGAGGAGCUGAACAGCUGCAGCGCCCUGGAGUGGUUGAUCCUGGCGGCCAAACAGGGGCAGAAGGAAGCGCUCCAGAUCCUGCGAACCUGUUUGGCCGAAGGAAAAGGCAUCACGUCAGAAAACGUGGAAGAGGUGAAGAGGUUAUCAUCCGAGACUAAUUUGGAAAGAGCCGUGAGAAAAGCUGCUUUGGUCAUCUACUGGAAAUUAAAUCCGAAGAAGAAAAAGGAACUGGCUGUUUCAGAACUAUUAGAAAACGUUGGCGAAGUGGACAGAGAAGGCCAGGGAGACCAGCGUCCGGGACCUCUUCCAAAGACCGUCCAGAAGCAGAGAAGGAUGCUGGAAAGAUUGGUCAGCAGCGAAGCUAAGAAUUACAUCGCCUUUGAUGACUUCGUUGAAAUAACCAAGAAGUACGCCAAGGGUAUCAUCCCAUCAAGUAUGAUCCCUCAGGAUGAAGACGAUGAGGACGAUGAGCUGACAGGAAAGAGCCCCGAGGAACUCCCCUUCCAACAAAAGAUCAUCAAGUAUCCCCUCCAUGCCAUCAUGGAAGUCAAAGAGCACCUGAUCGAGGUGGCCUCCAAAGCUGGCAUGCACUGGUUGUCCACCAUCGUCCCGACCCACCAGAUCAACGCCCUGCUCUUCUUCUUCGUCCUCAGCAACCUGACCAUUGACUUCUUCGCCUUCUUCAUUCCCCUCGUGAUUUUCUACCUCUCUUUCAUUUCCAUGGUGAUUUGCACCCUGAAGGUCUUCCAGGACAGCAAAGCGUGGGAGAACUUCCGCACCCUCACGGACCUCCUGCUUCGUUUCGAGCCCGAUCUGGAUGUUGACGAAGCGGAAGGGAAUUUUGGCUGGAAUCACCUGGAGCCCUAUUUCCACUUCCUGCUCUCGGUCCUCUUCGUCCUUUUCUCCUUCCCGAUUGCCAGCAAGGAAUGGAUGCCCUGCUCCGAGCUGGCCACCGUUUCCGUUUUCUUCAUGGUGACAAGUUACAUGAGCUUGUGCACCAGCGCAGAGCCUUACACGCGAAGGGCCCUGCUGACCGAGGUGACUGCGGGGGCCCUCUGCCUGCUGCAAGGGGCCCCCAACCACUGGGGUCACGUGAAGCUCCUGGGUAAAACAUUUUACACCCUUCCUCUCGGUAGCGUCCUGGUGCUGAACCUCAGCCUCCCUUGUCUCUUGUUCCUGUACUUGUUUUACCUUUUCUAUCGCAUGGCACGACUGAAGAAAUGGAAGGGCGUCUAUUGCUACUUGGUUCCUUACUUGGUCUGCUUCAUGUGGUGUGAACUCUCGGUCGUGAUUCUCCAGGAAUCAACCGGCCUUGGUCUCCUUCGGGCUUCCGUGGGCUACUUUUUAUUCCUGUUCGCCCUUCCGAUCUUAAUGUUGGGCAUCGCCCUGAUGGGCUUUUUCCACUUCCUAAGAUGGCUGGUAACGUUGGAGCUGACCAAGAUCGUGGUCACGCUCGUCCUCUGUGCGGUCCCUCUGGUCUUCCACUUGUGCACGCGGGCCAGACUCUCCGCAGUCGAAAUGGUGAAGUCCUUAACCAAGAGUUCCAUUGUGAAGCUUAUUCUGGUCUGGCUUUCUGCCAUUGUGCUCUUCUGCUGGUUUUACGUCUACCGCUCGGAAGGGAUGAAGGUGUACAAUUCGACGUUGACGUGGAAUCAGUACGGGUUUCUCUGCGGGCCCCGGGCUUGGAAAGAAACCAACAUGGCGCGAACUCAAAUUAUAUGCAGUCAUCUGGAAGGCCAUCGGGUCACCUGGACGGGGCGAUUCAAGUACGUCCGAGUGACCAGCAUUGAGAACAGCGCCGAGUCCGCCAUAAAUAUGCUUCCAUUUUUCCUUGGGGACUGGCUGAGAUGUUUGUACGGAGAAACGUACCCCGCGUGUGACCCCAAAAACACCACCCUGGAAGAGGAGGAACUCUGUCGCUUGAAGUACUUGACCAAGCACAACUGUCACAUCAAGAGGUUCGACCGGUAUAAAUUCGAAAUAACAGUGGGCAUGCCCCUCAGUGGCGGGAACGGCAACCGGGCCCCCGAGGAAGACGAUGUCACCAAGGACAUUGUGCUGAAGGCCAGCAAUGAGUUCAAGCAGGUUCUGCUGAACCUGAGGCAAGGCAGCCUGGUCGAGUUCAGCACCAUCCUGGAAGGCCGCCUGGGGAGCAAGUGGCCGGUCUUUGAGUUGAAGGCCCUUUCCUGCUUGAACUGCCUGUCGAAACUCUCCCCGGCAGGCCGGCACGUGAAAGUAGAACACGACUGGCGAAACACCGUUCAUGAAGCGUUCAGAUUUGCCUUCAAUUUUCUGUUCUCCCCUUUCCUGUCCGUUGCCUAUUGAGCUCCGCUUGCUACCCUGUUUCCCCCCAAAAUAAGACCUCCCCUGAUAAUAAGCCCAAUUGGGCUUUUGAGCCACAUGGCAAUAAGGCAAACAAGCGCUUAUUUCAGGCUUCAAAAAAAAAUAUAAGACGGUCUUAUUUUUGGGGAAACACGGUAACACCUGCUCUUGGUUGGUCGCAGUCAGAUAUAACGGCAUGUAGCGCGGUACGUCAUGCGGUCCUAAUACUUUUUCUGCCUUGCACGAUGAUCUCUACAUCUAAAAGGACGCCUAGCCGCGUAUUGAUGGAAAGCAUAAGAAGCAGGAUUUUCUAAAGGACUAACUCCGUGAUGGCGAACCUAUGGCAGGCGUGCCAGAAGUGGGACGCAAAGCCCACUCUGGCGGCUAGCUAGUUUUUGGGUUUCCGGCACUCCAGCACAUGCACGCACGUUCUGGUUUAGGCACUCGGUGCCAAAAAGGUUCGCCAGCGCUGGAUUAAUCUAUCUAACCAAAGAUGCUAAAAACACAACUUUGCCUUCUAUUUAUUCUCAAUAAUCGACUGUAUUCCACAGGUGACAGCUGUAACAUUGACAAAAAUGUCAAAAUGAGGGUGCGUGAUGAAGCCCGGGCAAAAAUGCUCCAAUUUAAGACUUGUGCCAGGCGCCAAGAGAACAGGGUUUUGGUGUGGAGAUGACCUUCCGUUCUCCCUUUGCUCCUAAGCCCCAUGGACUGCAGAGGAACCGUAUUCCGGAGGAAAUAAAUUCUCUGCCAAUAAUUAAAUCCUGCGAACAGAAUUGAAGUAAUUCAGCGGUACGAGUGGGUGAUUAUUUUUUUUUUCCAGAGGAAAGGGCCUUCGUUCAGUCCCCGUUUUUCUUUUCCUCCAGAAAGAAGGCGGAGAGGAAAUGGUUUAAGCGAAUAAACAUGAUUGCUUAGCUCUGGAAAUGGUAAUGAACCAUCCGGAUAUAAAUCUGUCCUUCUGAUCACAAGCAUAAAAUAAUGAUUUAAAAAUA